UGCUGCAGCAACGUAGGCUGCACUCCCCCACAGGCAAUUCCUGUAUCCCGUCCUAUUUAAUAGGAAGAGAAGUCCAACCAGUUUGGUAUUCUCACCGGUAGAGCCGCAGGGUGGUCGUUUAGUUUUUUUUGUAGUGAGAACACGUAACGGUGGAUAAAGUGUUGUGUUUGUUUGCAGCCAAGACAGACUAUAUCUAUCCGAACAGCUAGCUUGUUUGCUAAAAGCCAUUGCUAACACGCUCAACAGUGGUCAAGAUGAACGGCGACCUGAACGGUUUCCAUAACAACUCGCUCGUCGACAGCUUCCUCUUCACGUCCGAAUCCGUUGGUGAAGGACAUCCUGAUAAAAUCUGUGACCAAAUAAGCGAUGCUGUCUUGGAUGCGCACCUCACACAAGACCCAGAUGCCAAAGUUGCAUGUGAGACUGUGGCUAAGACGGGGAUGAUCCUGCUGGCGGGGGAGAUCACCUCCAGGGCGGUGGUGGACUACCAGAAGGUUGUACGAGAGACAAUCAAGCACAUCGGCUAUGACGACUCCUCCAAAGGCUUUGACUACAAGACCUGCAAUGUUCUGGUGGCUUUAGAGCAGCAGUCUUCUGACAUUGCUCAAGGCGUUCACCUCGAUCGCAAGGAGGAGGACGUGGGAGCCGGUGACCAGGGUUUGAUGUUUGGAUACGCCACGGACGAAACGGAGGAAUGUAUGCCUCUCACAAUUGUGCUGGCCCACAAGCUCAACGCCAAGAUGGCUGAAUUACGCCGCAAUGGAAUGCUGCCUUGGCUCCGUCCCGACUCCAAAACUCAGGUGACUGUCCAGUAUAAACAGGACCGUGGUGCCGUGGUGCCGCUGCGCGUCCACACCAUCGUGAUCUCGGUGCAGCAUGAUGAACACGUGAGCCUGGAGGAGAUGCGUCACCGCCUGAAGGAGCACGUGGUGAAGGCUGUGGUGCCCGCCGGGUACCUGGAUGAUGACACAAUCUAUCACCUCCAACCCAGUGGACGUUUUGUCAUCGGCGGGCCGCAGGGUGACGCCGGUCUGACCGGCCGCAAGAUCAUCGUGGACACCUACGGCGGCUGGGGGGCCCACGGAGGUGGCGCGUUCUCCGGCAAGGACUACACCAAAGUGGACCGCUCGGCCGCCUACGCCGCGCGCUGGGUGGCCAAGUCUCUUGUGAAAGCGGGACUCUGCAGGCGCGUUCUGGUCCAGGUUUCCUACGCCAUUGGUGUGGCCCAUCCGUUGUCUGUCUCCAUUUUCCACUACGGGACAUCCCAGAAAAAUGAGAGCGAGCUGCUGGACAUUGUGAGGAAGAAUUUUGAUCUACGUCCAGGAGUCAUCGUGAGGGAACUGGACCUAAAGAAGCCCAUCUACCAGCGCACUGCAGCCUACGGGCACUUCGGCCGUGACGUCUUUACAUGGGAAGUUCCCAAAAUACUCAAAUACUGAGCUACCCAUCCUCACUCCCUUCCAAAAGAGUCCCGUGUGUUCAUCACUCCUUUCUCUUCCUCUGCACAAACAGCCACAUCACUGCCACCUCUGCUGAAUGUAAAGCAGUCCUCCCUCGAAAGAUAAGCACUCGUGCAUCGACAUUCGUACUGGCGGCCACUUUCCUUCCUUUCCGUGCUGUCCCUUCAAUGCCGUUUUCUGAUGUUUUACAGAGAAGUCAGAAGCUGCUAAUGACCUUAUUGGCUUUGUCGGGCUGCACGUUUAACAAAACAAAACAUAAAAACAAAAUUUUGUCGCUUUAAUCGUCACAUGUAAUGUUCCAAGUGAGGUGAUUUUAAUGUUCUUGAUCCUGGGUGUCAUUACAGAGUAGCCCAGCCUCCUCAUACUUGAUAAUACCUUGUGGGACCUAAAUACUUUAAAACAUCGUAAUCCUGUUUUUUCUUUGAAUAGUUCAUUUUGCACUCAAAUUGCGGAAUUUGCUGCACGCUGCGCACACUUUACUCCUGAUUUAAAUGUGACAUGCACUGCGUCUCAGACCACGCUGCAGUUGAAGCAUUUUCCAUUAUUUAAUCCUUAUUUAUUUCACUAAACCAAGGAUCAUGCACCCUCCCCAUCGCCGAAGUUUGCGAUGUUGUAGCGAGGAGACACGUACAGGUUCCCGCCUUGAGUAGGCUUAACAAUGUUGUCUCUGAUGCCACCCUGUGGUUCCCUUGAGUGUACUACAGAGAAACUCGACGGGAGCCACAUACGGGUGCGCGCUUGAUUUCAAGAUCAGGUUAAAAAUGACUUUUCCAAAGAUUGUUUGUUGACGACAUGUUUACAUCCAUUAGAGAAGGAAAGACCCUAAUUGGCUGGUGUUGUACAGAGAAACCAGCCUGUUUACAAGGUCGCUCUUGUUUAAUUAUUUGGUAAAUAAUUAGUCUUGUCAGUGAGGUUGCUGAUUCUGUUUAAAGUGCCUUUCCCUCCUCGUCGUUCCCUGCAUUUCCUCCCUUCCACUCCAAUUUGUACCCCCGCCACCCCCGUUCGCUCUUUUCAUACUCUGAAGUCUGAUCUGCUGUUGAGAUUCUCUGUCAAAAUCCUCCAAAUAAAGUGACAUGCUUUGCUCAUGCAUUA